AUGGAGCUCAAGCUAAUCGGAGCACCAGCGUCUCCCAUCCAAUCUCCUCAGCAGUCGCUCUACUCCGACGACGAGAUUCGCGAGCAAAACCAUUACGCGGCGCUGCUGCGAUCGUGCACGGAUGCCACCAAUCUCUCGCAGGGGCGGCGGAUUCACGCGCAGAUCUCGCAAACUCCUCACGCAGCCACCAACACAUUUCUCGCCAAUCUCCUCGUUCUCAUGUAUGGACGCUGCGGCAGCCUGGUGGAAGCCCAGCAAGUCUUUGAUUCCAUCCACACUCCCAACAGUUUCUCGUGGAACAUCAUCCUUGGAAUCUAUGCCAGCAGCGGAACUUUGCUGCAAACCAAGACCAUCUUCGAUCACAUCCCCCGACCGGACGUGGUGGCGUACAACACCAUGGUUGUGGCAUAUGCCCAGAAUGGGCAUCUGGAGAGCUCCAAGUUGCUGUUCGAUCGAACGCCUCAAAAGAACACUGCUUCGUGGAACGGAAUCAUGAACGCGUACGUGCAAGCGGGGAAAUUGGAUCUGGCGAGAAAGAUCUUUAAUAUCAUUCCUUGCAAGGAUGUCGUCUCGUGGUCUAGUAUGGUGUCGGCUUAUGCCCAGGUUGGGCAUAUUGAAGAAGCCGAUGCUUUGUUUGCAAGCAUGCCGAAUCCCAAUGUGGUGACUUACAACACAAUGAUCAUGGCAUAUUCGCAGAAUGGUCGCUUGGAUCGAGCAAAGAAAACAUUCGACGAGAUGCCGGAGAGGGAUCUUAUCACUUGGAACGCAAUGGUUUCAGCUUAUGCUCAAAACGGACGUCCAGACAAUGCCAAGCUUGUGUUUGACAAGAUGCCACAGAGGAAUCUGGUGUCGAUGAACGGGCUCAUGAGCGCUUUCGGGCUGAAUGGGGAGACGUGCAAAGCCAUUGACUUCUUCGACUCCAUGGAACAAAAGGAUCUUAUUUCGUGGAGCUCCGCUCUUGCAGCCUACUCUCAAGAUGGAAACUUAGACGGCGCUCGGAAACUCUUUGACAAGAUGCCCGAGUGGAAUGUGGUUUCGUUCACAACCAUGAUCACAGCGUAUUCCGGUAAAGGUCGUGUGGAGGAGGCGAAGCUCGUCUUUGAUUCCAUGCCCGAGCACGACUUGAUAGCAUAUAAUGCUCUCUUGGUGGGAUAUGCCCAGAACGGGUAUCUCUCAGAUGCCGAAGGGAUAUUCUUCUCCAUGCCUGCAAAGAACUUGGAAACUUUGCACGCGAUCAUGGCAGCCUACGCGCAACACAUGCACCUUUCCGAAGCAAAGACUGUGCUGAACACGAUGCCUGUGCGGACAACUUUGUCCUGGAACACUCUGAUUGCAGCGUAUGCCUUGAAUGGGCAUAUGCAGGAGGCUAGAGUCCUGUUUGAAAUUCUUCCGAAAGCUGAUGUUGGUACGUGGAAUUCAAUGAUCUCUGGCUUUGCAAAGGCUGGGCACGGCAAGAGCGCGAUUGAUUUGUUUCUGGAGAUGGCGGUGGAGGGCUUUGUUCCGGACGAGAUCACAUUUUCGAGCGUCUUGGCAGCCUGCAGCCACGGAGGCCUGCUCAAGAGUGGGACGAAAUACUUCGUGCUUGUGAGCGUGGAGCAUCAGGUGAGGCCCCUGGUGGGGCACUACUCGGCCAUGGUUGACAUUUACAGCCGCGUGGGACUGCUCAAACAAGCCGAGGAGCUGAUUGAAACCAUGCCAUUUUUUCCACAGCCGGAAACUCGCCGAGCCUUGCUCGCGGCUUGCAAGAUCCAGCAACAAACUCUUGCUCUUGCGGAGAAAUCUGGCCACCAUUCAAAGUGGCUGCCGGAUCUUACAGACUCCACCUCGUACGUUUUGCUCUCGAAUAUCUACAAGUCCAAUCUCGAGGCUGGAUGA